CGGAGCGAGCAGGAUAAGGAGCAUUAGUAGGACGGAGCAGUUUGACCCUCUUCACUGGAAGCACAGGCACUCAUCCGAGAGUGCAGACAAAACUUGCUGCUAUCUAAGUGAAGAGGAACGUGUCAUCGGAAGUGUAUAGGGCAAAAUAGAUAGUGUUUUUUUUGUUGCUAGACUAAACAAUUCAGCACUUGGAAAUAUGGAAAAGCGCACUAAGAUAAAUAUUGCCAUUUUUGUGCUGCUGGUAGGCAUGGCCUGCCUGUUCACGGCGGUGGUGACGGACUACUGGGCUGUUCUCAGCCCUCAGGUGCAGAAGGUCAAUGCGACGUGUGAGGCGGCACACUUUGGCCUCUGGAGGCUGUGCAAGAAGACAAUCUACAUCAGUGCUGACGUGUACCAGGAAAAGCUUGGAUGCGGACCCAUCACCCUGCCUGGAGAUGAAAACUGCACUUACUUUGGCCACUUUACACCAGGGCAGGACUCGGAGAUAUUUGAGCAUAAAACACAGAAAGAGUACAACAUCUCUGCGGCGGCCAUCUCCAUCUUCGGUGUGGGCUUCAUGAUUUUAGGGUCUCUGUGUUUGAUUGGCUCGUGCACGGGUAAAGGAAAAGGAAGACUAUACCUUCUCAAACCUUCUGGAAUGUUUUUUGCCUUUUCAGGUCUUUGUUCUUUCAUCUCGCUGGAGGUGAUGCGUCAAUCGGUCAAACGCAUGAUCGAAAGCGAGGACACAAUCUGGAUGCAGUACUACUACAGCUGGUCCUUCGCUUGCGCGUGUGUCGGCUUCAUCCUUCUGUUUCUCACCGGCAUCGCUCUUCUCAUCCUCUCCAUGCCACAAAUGCCAAGGAACCCAUGGGAAACCUGCAUGGACGCUGAGCCCGAGCAAGUGGAGUGAAAGGUUUUAGAGCAUGACAAAAACAUGAGUUGGAAGGACCUCAGCCAUGAUGGGAAGUUUACCUCGCAACCAUCAAACAACUUGAAUGUAGGUCUUUUGUAUACUGUAGUUUUGAAAAUAUACACAAGAAAUAAAAAUGGGCAUCAGCUCUUCUACAUGGUUGAUGACGGAGAUGGAGAACACACAGUCGUUCACAUGCAGGAAGACAGGCUGGCUAUACUGUAGAAUUUACAAUA